CGGCGGCGGCGGCGCAGCGCAGUGCGAGAGGCUCGGCUUGGUUUGGCUCGGCAGCCGCGCAGGAGCGGAACGGAGCGCGGAGGGGCUGUGGCCGGCGGAGGAGCGCCCCGCCUGGAGCCCCUCCUGGGAGCGAAGGCGCCUCUCCGGCGGCGGCUGGCGAGGGGCAGCAGGCCGGGCCGGGCCGGGGGGCUGAGCGAGCGGGUCCCGCCUGCGCCUCGCCCGCAGCAUGUCCGCCCGCGACAGCGUGCAGAUCCCGGACGACCGCGACUUCGGCCUCUUCCGCACCGAGUGCGACGCCGACGCGGGCUGGACGCUGACCUACAGCAAGGGCGGCGUGGGCGUGUGGGUGCAGGCGCUGGAGGCCGAGCGGGCGCUGCACAAGAUCAAGUGCAGGAUGGACUGCAAGGAUGUUGCGGCAGAGACCCUCUACGACGUGCUGCACGACAUCGAAUACCGGAAAAAGUGGGACUCCAACGUCAUCGAGACUUUUGACAUCGGCAAGCUGACGGUCAACGCAGACGUGGGAUACUACUCCUGGAAGUGCCCGAAGCCCCUGAAGAACCGGGACGUGAUCACGCUGCGUUCCUGGCUGCCCAUGGGCAGCGACUAUAUCAUCAUGAACUACUCAGUCAAGCACCCGAAAUACCCUCCCAGGAGAGAUAUGGUGAGAGCUGUCUCCGUCCAGACUGGCUACCUCAUCCAAGGGAAAGGAGCCAACUGCAGCAUCACCUACCUGGCUCAGGUAGACCCCAAAGGUUCUUUGCCGAAGUGGGUGGUGAAUAAGUCCUCCCAGUUCCUAGCUCCAAAGGCCAUGAAGAAGAUGUACAAGGCUUGUUUGAAGUAUCCGGACUGGAAGCAGAAACACAACCCCCAUUUCAAACCUUGGCUGUACCCGGAGCAGAGCACCCUCCCCACCGUGGGACUGGCCGAGCUCUCCAUCCAGCACGCUGACUCCCUUGAGAACAUCGACGAGAGCAGCUUAUCGGAGACCAAAGAUGACCGGGCUGAAGGCAGCGAUGAGGACAGCGUCAACUGAGGGACUCGGGGGAGGGGGGGCAGGCCACUGGCCGGGUCUCCCACGACAUCCACCCACCCGGGCUUCUUUUUGUCUGUGUAACCCAUGCAGUUCGUGUUUGGAGAAGAAAUACCGCCCUCUCCUCCCUCCACACACCAUCAUGGAAUGAGCCGACUGUUUCUCCACCAACAGUUUAAGGCUGUCACUCCUGGGUGGAAAUUAGUGUCAGAAAUGUCCUUUUUCUUUGGGGAUGGUGAGCUGAAUUAGGUACACGGCGAUGCCCUCUUGCAAUCUCUGCAAAUCUGUGGGGAGGUUUAGCACCCUAUCGUUGCCCUCCCCAAACCAGGCACUGUCUCCUUUCCCUUUCUGCACAGGACUUCUUUCUUUACUAGUAGGAAAAACCCUAACAAAUAUAACUUCCCAUCUUACCUAACCGGGACUCUAGAGCUGGGAAGAGUCACGUUAAGUUUUUUGUCCCUCUCUAACCAAUCGAAUGUCAGGAGGCGGCUGGUCUUCACCAUAACAAUAAGGAGGGAAUUUAUUUGCCGUACCCUCUAAUUGCAAAACGCUGCCUUCUGAUUGGUUCAAGGAUGGGUCCUUUGCCAGCCCCCCAACCAGGGUGGAGUCAACAGGUCAAUCUUGCUUGGCAGAGAGCUAUUCACCCAUGCAGAAUUGCCCCAGUUUUGGCUGAGAGGGUAGAAUUAGAUUUGAUUUAAAAAAAAUAGAAUAAGCAUUCUUAGUCAAGAAAAUUCUGCAUAAUCAGAAUGCCUGGGGGAUCCUUGAUGGACGCUGGACCACAGUUUGAACUGCAGGUGGGGGGGUCAGAAGUGUGAAUGUCCCACGGCAGGCCGGUAGACCAAACCAGUCCAUGAAGGAGAGGCCAACAAAACCAUUCUCCGAGAAGAGGUACCCCCCCCCUCCAAUCAGGCAGUGGCGCCAUCCCAGAGAGCUGCUCCUCACGGAGUUGGUGUCUGACUUUUUAGACAGAUUUCAAUUGCAGUCUGCCUUCUGAGCAAGCUUGUCAGAAGAAACCCCCCCCCCCCCGCCCUUCAAAAAGUGGAACUCCCAAUGUACGUUGCCUUAAAAAGCCCCCUCCUUGUAUUUGUUUCUGCCAGGUUGGAACACCAGUUUCUGGUGCUAAACCUUGCCCAUGAGGACAGAGGAAGUUGGACUGAAUAACAGAGAGCCCUCUGUACAUGCUCAGAAUCGAGACCCCCCCCCCCACUCAGUGUGUUAAAUGGGGGAUUUGAUCUCCUGGGCUGGUUUCUGAAACAGCUUCCAAGGUGGCUGCAGGUGCCUUUCUCUCCCUCCCCUGCCCUCCCGCCAUGGCCAGUUGCAAAUUGCCCCGAUUAAAUCAAACUGCACACAAAAUUGAAGUUUCACGAUUGCCUUCAAAGUGCCCCAAGUUCCAGAAGGCGUUCUUUUGCCUGAGCCAGCAGGCUGAUUCCUCUCCGCCCCGGGAACGGGAUCAGCUUUCUGACCCGGCCAAAGAAAGGGGGCCUGUAGGAUCCUCUUCCUCUGGUGGGUGCUUUGCAGUGGAUCCUGGAAUGACCUUCUCACCGGGAAGCGAGGUUGGAGCCACGUAAAGUGACUGUCCGCAGCUGCCUGCCUCCGCCGGCCUGGGGGGCCCUUCACACAUGCGCACCCGUGCGCGCGCACACAUCGAGACACUUGAAUUCCCGAAGCGCUGUGGACCUUCCCGGAUAUUUGUAUGCAUGUGUGUGGUUCUGUGGCUUCUGCCCUCCUCUUUUCUGUGUUAUCCUGUAAAACGCUCAUUGAUGGAGCUGCCUUUUGGGGAAGGGAAAACUUGUGUUUAGCGGGGAGGGGAGGUUUCCGCCCCAAGGUGUUUGCGAGUCUUUCUGCAAUAUAGGUUAGGAUGAAAAGUCUCCAGAAGGCCUCCCCUCAGCCCUACCUGUGUCCCCAGGGCUGGCCUUCCCUCCGGAGUUUGAUGACUGUGUCAUUCAGGGCCUUCCCUGAAAACACCUUUUUGCAUUUCAAGGGAAACAAAAAGAAAAAAAGAUGAGAUUUCAUAUCUUGUUAUUGGAGCAGUUUAUUGAAAAAAUAAUAAUAAAAGGAGUAAUUCCA